UUUAUUAGUUGACAUUAAAAUUGAAAAUUACACUCUCCUGCGUUGCGAUGUCGAUGUGAAUUCACUCCUAUGGACCAUAUAACCAUGUGGGAGGGAAAAACAUCCUCAAAUUCAGGGAGAACUGUUUACAGAGAUUGAAACUCCACUUUUCUGAUUGCUUUGUUUCAUCAUCAAAUAGUUGUGAGACUGUAGAACAGUUUCCAAUCUCAGGACAGAAUGGAGUCUCCUUCCAAGCUAAUUCUGUGCGGGUGUUCAGGGCAAUGGGGCCAGACGACGGCCCAGGUGCCGCUGUGGCCUGGAGGAAGGUCCUGUGGGAGCGCCAGCCGUACCCGGACAACUACGUGGACCAGCGCUUCCUGGAGGAGUUGCGCAGGAAUGAGGGCCUCCGCCAGUACCGCUACUGGGCCGUGGUGCGAGAGGCGGGCCUGGUGGGGCAGCAGCUCUCCUGCGUGGCCAUUUUCAUCACCCUCUGGCUCUACAUGGAGCAGGGCCUCCUAUCCCCAGGGACUCUCCUGCUUAUCAGCCUAGCGAGUUCCCUGCUGGGCUACGGACUGUACCAAGCCCUCGCAUCUCAGGCGGAACCCGUUCUGCAACCUCGGACCUGUUGGGCCGACUUACAGAGUGUCACCAUUUUCCUGUCCUUCAUCUUUGGCUUCUCGCCCGUGCUAAAAACACUCACAGAGUCAGUGAGCACGGACACGGUGUACGCCAUGUCAGCCGUCAUGCUGCUGGCUCACCUCGUGUCCUUCCCUUACACUCAUACGUCUCCCCCGGGCAGCCUGUCACUCAACGCGGCCCUUUUUGCAUCCGUGUGUCUGGCCUCCCGCCUCCCAGGAGCCCUGCAUACCUUCACCAUGCUCAGCUGCGCCCUUAUGGUCUUCGCCCUGUGGCCCUGCCUGCUGAGGCGGGUGAAGAAUGGGGCCCCGCAUCAUUUCGCCGCCGUGUGCGUGGGAGUGUGCGCAGCGGGUGUGGGCGGGCUGGCAUCACGCUGGCCCGGCGGGGCAGUCAUCCUUGCACUGGCCCUGGCCACCGUGAUUCUGCUCUGCCCCUGGCUGCUGGUCCAGCUCCAGAGGCACAAGGACAACAUCCACGGGCCGUGGGACGAGGCGGAGAUCAGCGAGGACCUCAGCCACUUCCUCCAAUGAAUAAGGCCUGGUUGAAGCAGACAUGGGCUAGACACUUCAUUAGGUACAUAAACUCAUGAGAUCCAAUGGAGUCUUU